ACAACAAGGAAAGCUUGUUAAAAAAAAAAAAUAUAUUCUUUUUUCUAUUUAUUGGCCAAAAAGCAAUAGAAAUACCAAAAAUAAAGAAGUGAAAUAUAUAACAAAAUAAAUUAAACAAAAAAAUUCCAUACUCUAAGGGAAGGACAGACAAAACGUUAAACAAAUAACCAAACGUUUUAACACUGAGCAGUAGUUGUUGUUUUCAAGCUCUUUAUUUGAUUUUUUCAAUAUUGACAACAUUUAAUGCCUGCUCGUCAUUAUAACGUCACACAAAUGAUCGCAAUUAGCGAAGAACAACAAACAGACAAUAAUGCUACCACCACCAACAACAACAGCACCAUCACUACUACCAGUCAGCAAACUACUAUAGCAGCAGCAAACGUCGCCUACACACUCAACAACAGCAGCAGCAGCAGUAGCAACACCACCUCAACAUCAAAUCUAAAUGGUCAUAAUAAAUUUAAUUCCAAUAUUGCCGCCAACAAUACGAAAUUGAAACCCUACAAUGGUUAUAAACACACCUCACAAAAUAUCCUUAAUACCAACACUAAUAACACACUAACAUCCUCCAGCCAUCACACAACUACAGGCAAUAAUGUCAGCUGUAUAUCGAAUGAUUACAAGAAACCAUUAAAUGGUAAUACAAACGGUAUAAUGGCAGCAAAUAAUAGUAGUAGUAUCACCAAUACCAGUACUAAUAAUACAAAAUUGGUUAUGGCUUCCUCGACAGCACAAACGUCCAGUGAUUCACAUCACUCACAAUCUCAACACAGUGAUAGUAUACCUCCGGGAGGUAGUCUAUGGACAGCUUUAUAUGAUUAUGAAGCUCAAGGAGAGGAUGAGUUAACUUUGCAAAGGGGUCAAGUGGUGUUGGUUUUAUCAAUGGAUCCUAAUGUUUCGGGAGAUGAGGGUUGGUGGAUUGGUAAAAUUGGAGAUAAGUGCGGCAUCUUUCCCAGUAAUUUCGUCACUAAUCAAGAUCCCAUGAUGAUAAAUGUGCCUUCAGCGAUUGGUGAUAUACAACCGCAUGAAAUCGAAUACGAAGAACUCGAUAUACGAGAAGUGAUCGGCGUGGGAGGUUUCUGUAAAGUUCAUCGUGGUUUCUACCGCAAAGAAGAGGUUGCCAUUAAGGCAGCCCGACAAACAGCCGAUGAAGAUAUGGAUACUAUGCGUGAUAGUGUUUUGCAAGAGGCAAAACUCUUCUGGGCACUCAAACAUGAAAACAUAGUUUCGCUGAGGGGUGUUUGUCUCAAACCUCCCAAAUUGUGUUUAGUUAUGGAAUUUGCCAGAGGUGGUAGUCUGAAUCGUAUAUUGGCUGGUAGAAAAAUACCACCAGAUGUUCUAGUUAAUUGGGCCAUACAAAUAGCAAAAGGAAUGAAUUAUUUGCACAAUGAAGCACCGAUAUCGGUGAUACACAGGGAUUUGAAAAGUUCUAAUGUUCUAAUAUUUGAAGCUAUCGAGGGCGAUAAUUUGCAUAAGAAAACCUUAAAAAUCACAGACUUUGGUUUAGCACGUGAGCUAUAUAAUACCACUAGGAUGUCAGCUGCUGGUACUUAUGCCUGGAUGCCGCCCGAAGUUAUAAGUCGUGGUACCUACUCCAAAUCCUCUGAUGUUUGGAGUUAUGGUGUCUUAUUAUGGGAACUAAUAACGGGUGAAACACCCUAUAAAGGUUUCGAUUCAUUAUCGGUGGCCUAUGGUGUAGCCGUAAAUACCCUAACAUUGCCAAUACCAAAAACAUGUCCAGAAGCCUGGGGAAAACUCAUGAAAAGUUGUUGGGCGAGUGACCCUCAUAAUCGUCCUGGUUUCAAAGAUAUACUAAGUAAUCUAGAGGACAUAGCACGUUCCGGUUUUACUUCCACACCUCAGGAAUCAUUUCACACUAUGCAGGAUGGCUGGAAGAAAGAAAUUGCAGAAGUUUUACAUGAAUUGCGCUUAAAAGAAAAGCGCUUUCAAACUAUUGAAGAGGAACUGCGCAAUAAAGAGGAACAACUACGUCUUAUACAAAUGCAACAGCAUGAACAGGCAAAUAAUUUGAAAAUAUUUGAACAACAAUUACGUGCCCGUGAGCUGGAAUUAAUGGGCCGUGAAUUGAUUAUAGCUCAAACGAUACCGAAACCAAAUAAACGACGUAAUAAAUUUAAAUUUAAACCUAAAAAGGAUCCAGUACAAAUCUCUUUACCAACGGAAUUUCGCCAUACGAUAACAACAAUAAGAGAUCAAAAUUGUGUGGUGCCAACACCGCCGGGUUCACCGGCUAUAUCGGGUCUAAGGAUAGUGGCACUGGGUCCCGAUGGUUUUAAAGGUAAAACCUGGGGUCCCUCCACGGUACACCAACGAGAACGUUGUCAUCUACAAACUGCCAUCCAUUCGACUGAAUGGCAUGCUGCAAAUGUUAAUAGUAACUCUUCGUUUAGUAAGAGUGCUCCCAAUCUCGAUAAGAAAGCCGCCGCCAUACGACAACAGCAACAGCAUAAUACUAGUAAUACUACACCCUCAUCACCGAAUAACGGCUAUAAUCCUCAUAAUAAUGCACAUUCUAUGCAACAGCUUAGUACAACUACAACACAAGGUAUCAUUCAAACUGUAGGCACAACUUUAGGUUCUGUCUCAACGUUAUCUUUAACAUCACCAGGUACAACAUGUAGUAGUAGUACAGCAUCUAUGGCCAUGGUUCAUCCAGCUUUUGUUACAUUAAUACAAAAUAAUAAUCAGGGCAAUAAUCUAAUGCAUUCUAAUCAUAAUACAACUACUACUACUACUACUUCUCUCACUACCAGUAAUCCUUCAUCAUUAGCUUUUCAUCACAGUAAUAAUUUUCUUAAUAAUAAUAAUAACAACAACAAUAAUAAUAUAAAUAAUUUUGCUAUUAAUUUGGGUAGUUCUACCACUUUAAUGUCUCCCAUUACUAGUUAUAACAACAAAGCUAAUGAUUUACGUUUAAGUAGUAAGAAAAUUAAAAAGAAACAUCUGAUUACGAAAUCCCAUGAUGGUGGUCUCGAUAGUUUGUUGAGUAAAAAACCUAUUAAACCAUUACCUUUUGAAUGUCCUUUAAAUACAGAUGAUUACGAUAGGGAUACUGUAACGCCUACAGUGGUGGGUUGUUUCCCCUUUAAACGUAGCAACUUGCAGGCGGAUAAAAGUCCUGUAAAUGAUUUAAAAUUAUCGAAUAGUUUGGGUAAUAGUCCAGCUAUAGGUAGAAAAAAAUUCUCUUUAGAUAGUCGUCUUUCGCCUUUGGCCCGUCGACAACAAUUGUCGUAUAUAUCACCAGAUAUUUCACCUUUAGUAGGAGAGAAUCCUAUAUUGACCACCUGCUCUCAGCAGGGUUCUUUAAUGUUAAGCGAUAGUAAUCCUGAUAAUCCUACCUAUGAUCGGGUGUUUUAUACGGCUUUGCAAAAGUCUUUAGAUGAAAUAUUUUCCACAUCUUGCAUGAAUACCACUCAAGGGAAUCAGCCUAUGGAGGAUUUAACUAACAAUUGGCAUGAUGCAGAACCCUUAAGCUCUAAGUCCAGUGUCAAUUUAACCAUGUAUAACUCUACUUCUCAGCUUACUGAGGAUUUGCAAGAAUCAGAGGAUCCAGAAUCUCCCUAUUAUAGAUUUCAACGUAAUGGUUCGGGUUCUCAGUUUCCUCGACACUGUUUCUUUCGCAAACCUUCUAAUGCCUAUGAAAAAUCCCAACUAAAGCAAAAUUAUCAAACAGCACACGAUAAUAAUUCUUCUUUUAGAUCUUGUCAUUCGCAAGAAGAACCAUUUAAUUCUUUAACUUCCAUCAAUAACUCGUCUCAGGAUAAUUCUUUAAAUUCCCAGCAAACAUCACGUAAAUCUUCGAUGGUCACAUUUCACUUAAACACUAGUUCCAAUAGUUCGCAACACAACUCCUCCAACUUAAAUUCUUUUGAAGAUUGUCAAACAGAACCCAAUACUUCGAUACAAAAUCAUUCAUUUUCAUUUGCCACCUACUAUUCGGAUUCGGAUAAUUCGCAUCAUCUAAAAGAGGUACCGCUCUUUAUGACGGAAAACUCUAUAAUGGCUCAAAGAAAACUACAGGAUGUUCAACCCGAUCCAGAGGUUAUACAAAUGAAAGAAGAACUUUUACGGCAACAAUUACGACUGGAAAAGCAGCUUCAGUUACAACAGCAACAUUCUACUUCCAACGCCAGCAAAUCCAAAGAUAAAACAAAGAAAUCUAAAGCCUCUAAGACAAAUGCUUUGGAUUCUGAGUCUCAUAGUCAUUCCUCAAAUUCGGCGAAAUUUAAAACGCUUAUGAGUUUCUUUAGUCUCAGCACUUUAACGCGUUCUAAGAAAAAAUGUCAAAAAUCUAAAAGUUCUUAUAAACUAUUUCAGAAUACUUUGGAAGGGACUAGGGAUUCAAUAAGAAUUUCACCGCAGCGCACCAAGUCCUGUGAUCAGUUGGAAAUGGUGUAAAAGCUUUUACAAAAGAGUUUUUUUUGUUUUUUCUUCAAAAGCUUUUGACUGUCCUUUUUAAAUGUAAGAGGUGAACAUGAAAGCUUUUUCUUUAAAAGCUUUUAAUGUAAAACUUUUAUCUUUAAUCCAUUGUAAUUGAUGGCACAAAAAAGCUUACACAAAAGAAAGCUUUUUAUUUCUAAAAUGUCUCUCCUUUUUAAAAGCAAUAUCCUGUGCUGGGUUCCAUAGAAAAUGCCAAGAGAGCUUACAAAAGCUUCCUACUCUUUAUUUUUGUGUCAUAAACUUUAAAAGUUUCAUUAUCACUUCUCCACCAAAUCCUUUAAACCCUAGGAAAUGCUGUAUACUUUACAAAAAUGAAAGCUUUUAUAAAAUAAAGCUCUCUUUAUGACAAACCUUAAUAAAAAGCUAUUAAUAUCCUUUUUUAUAUGUAAAUCACUAGGUAAUGGUUUAGUUUUUUUAAUUUAUUUCUUUAAAAUUUAAGGUUUUUUUAAACAACAACAAACUUUUUUGUACCUAAGAAAUUCAAGUGUAGUAGUUAGUGUUUACUUUUAGAAGAAAAAGAAAGUAAAAGCUUGAAAGCUUUUUUUCUUUUUUUUUAAACAAUUUAGCCGUUAUUUUAAAAUGUUAAGACUUUUUUUAAUAUAUAUAAAGUGCCUUAAACAAAUCCUUGAAAAACUAAUUAUUAUUGCAUUUAGUUUAAGUUUUAUUUUUUUCUAGCAACAAUUUAUUUAACAAAAACAACAAAAUACCGAAAACAAUCGAUUGCAUUUUUAUAUUUGCAUUAAAUUUUUUUCUACUAGUUUAAACUUAGUUUAAGUUACAAGAAAAAAAAACAAACGAUUAUUUUUUUUCUUUCUAUUUACGAUUUUGUUUAAGUUUUAGUUAAAGAAAACUUUGAAAAAGAAAUGGAAGUUUAAGUGAUAUCGUAAACAUACAUCGAGGUCUAGGCUAUGGAAUAAAGUCUACUUCCCUAGACUUAACAAACAGACUAACAUAAACCAUAGAAUAGACUAAACUACAGACAAGACUACACACUAGAUACGAUGGAUUGUAGACUAAACCCUAACCUAACAAAAAGUCUAGAUACACUGCAGACUCCAUAUUAAACUAAAUUAUAGUCUAGACUAAACUAUAAAUUAGCCUACAGAAUAAGCAAGACUCUAGUAUAGACCAAAUACUAGAAUAUAGACUAGAUUACAGGCCAGACUAUAGACUAGACUAAAGCCUAUACUAUAUAAUGGACUAUAGACUAGACUAUAUCAUGAACUUUAUGCUAGUCUAUAGGAUAGAUUAUAGACAUGACUAUAAUAAAGACUAGCCAGAAAAGUGAACUAUAGUGUAUAGACUAGACCAAAUUAUAGAAUAGACCACACUAUAGACUAGACCAAACUAUAGACUAGACUAUAGACUGGACUAUAGACUAGACUACAAACUAGUCUAUUCUAUAGACUAGCAACUACUAUAUUCUAUAGACUAGCAACUAGUCUCAUCUAUAGACUAGCAACUAGUCUCAUCUAUAGACUAGCAACUAGUCUAUUCUAUAGACUAGGAACUAGUAUCAUCUAUAGACUAGUAACUAGUCUAUUCUAUAGACUAGCAUCUAGUCUAUUCUAUAGACUAGCAUCUAGUCUA